CUCUCAUCAUCCAUCGAAUCAUCUUUGCCCUGCUUGUUUUCUGCCAACAUUCUGCUCAGUAUAGUUCUUUCCAUACAUCAACUUUUCCGCAAGUUAUAGACCACUUGUUUUUUGAUUCGACUCGAUACCAUUUAGACAUUUCUUCUUGUUGUAGAUUUGUUCCGCGUAUACAUCGAUAAAAAAUUUGAAAGGAAAACCAAGAGCUGGAUUCCUACAUACACAGUCAGCAUUACUUUCUUUCUGCAUUCUCUUUCCUCCUGAAAUCUCUUCUAGUCACAAGAGGAAGAGACUCAUCUCCGAUCCGAGUUUCUUACAUCAUAAUCAACUUCUGGUAACUCUUGUGAACUCCGAGUUCUGUUUUGAGGCUCCGAUUCUCAAUCACAUUUGACAUCCCUUGGGGAAAUGAUAUGAACCAGCCAGUUGUUGCAGAUUCAAACAUCAAAAACAACAUCCUUUAAAAUACUUCUUUCUGACCAGUUAGCAGAAUUAGAAGCUUCAGCACACACACAAUUCAUAUUUUUGUAACUUGUCGGAUAUUUCAAAGGUUAGCUUGAUUCCCGUCUGAUGAUUUUCCCUCUUUUCCUGCAUCCGACACCCGGACCAAGUCAGAAAAGAAAAGGGUGAAUAAUAUUGGAACCUGGCCAGCUGGUGUUCUUCCUUCCCCAAUUGUUAUUAUUAUUAUGUCUAUCUGUCCUAUCUGUCAUUGAGAAAUAAAUCUGGGUCUCGGUCCUUCGGCUUUACUAGUUCUGAAGAAUUACGCUAACAUUUCCUACUUCCCACAGAUUUCUUUCUGGAAACCACUUUCAAAAACUACAUACUUCCUUCCCUUCACAUAUAAUACCUUCGACAAACUCCCUUUUAAAAAGACACAUCUGCUUUUUCAUACUUUCAAUCAUCUUGAAUCAAAAGCAAGCAACAUUCUACAUUUCGUUCACAAAGCACUUCGAUAAUCUACACAAAAUAUGUCUGCUAUCCGAUCUUCCUUUAUUCGAGCUGCCACCAAGGCUGGCCGCAGAGCCACCCCUUCUGUUAUCAGCAGACAAGCGCUCCGUGCCUUCACCACCACCCCUCAAGCCAACGACUAUGAGGCUAUCCAUGAGAAGGAAAUUCCUGCAACCAAGUUUCAACCUGGUAAGCUUAAUGCUACUCCCAAUGCCCAAAUCUAUGUUGAGGUCGCAAAUUCCUCGCAUAGCUUCGGCUCCCAGUGUCUUCAAUUUCUUUUCGAUUUGAGAAUAUUUCUCUGGUGGUCGGUCACAUACUGACUCUCGGAUGUUUCAGGUUCUGGACCAGAAAGACUCACCAUUCCAGUUGAAGAAGCUUCGGCAGCAGCAGCAGCAAAGGAGGUCGUUGAUGUUGUCACACCUCUCACACAAAGUGCAUACAAGGGAAUGACUCCAACUAUGCAAAAGAUGAGUCUGAUGGGCAAGGUCGUUGUUGUCACUGGGUAUGUUUACACUUUCUUUCUCAGUCCGUAAUUCACAAUUACUAUCUGUGAUAUUCUCUCCCAUCAACUCGAAUUUCGAAAAUGAGAGUGAAAUUUUAUUCUUAUCGGAUCUUAUCGUUCGAUCUUGUCAUCCCAACUAGUUGUUUAGGGUCCAUUUAGUUCAGACACCUCAUGUUUCACAGGCGAAUAUCAUAGGCUAACAAAGUUAUAGUGGAGCCAGAGGUCUUGGAAACCACAUGGCCCGUGCCUGUGUUGAGGCUGGAGCCAAGGCUCUCGUUAUCUUUGAUGCAAACCAAGAAUUGGGAGAUUCAUCAGCUGCUGAGUUGUAUGAACUCACUGGAAAUAAGAUUCCAAUCUCUUUCUUCAAGGUUGAUGUUCGUGAUGCCGAUGCUAUCGAGUCCGCUGUCAACAGUGUUGUUGCGGAGCACGGUGCUCCCGAUGUUCUCAUCAACUCCGCUGGUAUUGCCGAGUAAGUAUAUUUGAUCUGAUCUGCCAAAAGCUUUAUGCUAACAACAACCUCUAGUUCCAACAUCCCCGCCGAAACCUACGACCACAACAUGUUCCGCCGAUUGAUUGAUAUCAACCUUACUGGAUCCUUCCUCAUGUCCCAAGCCGUCGGAAAGGCCAUGAUGGCUGCUGGCAAGCCUGGCUCAAUCGUUCUCGUUGCCUCCAUGUCCGGGUCCAUUGUCAACUACCCACAAGAGCAAUCAUGUUACAAUGCCUCCAAGGCCGGUGUCGUUCAACUCGGAAAGUCCCUCGGUGCUGAAUGGGCUAAAUACAACGUUCGGGUUAACAUGAUCUCUCCUGGAUACAUGGACACUGCCCUUAACAACGUUCCUGCCCUUGAUGCUCAAAAGGUCAUCUGGAAAUCUCUCACUCCCCAAAACCGUCUUGGUGCUGUUGAUGAUCUCAAUGGUCUUGCCGUAUUCCUUGCUUCCGAUGCAUCCGCCUUCAUGACUGGGUCCAACGUCAUCAUCGAUGGUGGCUACACUUUGUAUUAAAUCGAUAAUAAGGAGCUCAAUUUUCUGAGAGUCCAUCGACGUCUGGAUAUUUAUUCUUUUGGGUACAUCCCAAAAGUACAGCUUGCCGUUUGAUAGUAUCUCGGGAAAGAGCUUAAUGAUUUCUAAUACCCCUUGCAUAAAGAUUUCAUUUUCAAAUCGAUGUGAUGUUUCUUUGAUGCACGGGCUGGAAAAGGGUAGCGAACUUCCCUGUAAUUAUUUUUUUUCAAAAUGGACGACAGAAGGGUCUAAAGAUUUGUACACUAGUGGCACACUGGUACUUGGAUUUAGCCUUGGGUGGUCCUUGUGAUAUUGGGCGUUAAAACUAUAGAGGUUGCAUGGAAAUGAUCUAUGUGGUCAUGAAUUUGAGCGAAUGGGUUCGGUCUGUUUAGAAGAGAGAUAGGUCAAACUUUUAGAACAUAACUGAUACGGCUGGCUAUGUGUAAUGACAAUAGCACAGCAUAACAUAGCAUUAGCAA